CACCCGCACCGCCCCUGCGCGUGCGCGGCGCUGCCCGCCGCCCGGUGCGGGAAGGGGGUGGGGGGGGCAGCGCUCUCUCCCGGUUCCGCUCAGCCGGGGCGCGGAGCGGGGCGGGGGAGACAUGGCGAGCCUGAUCCCCGCGGCGGCCUCCUCGCCCGCGGGCGGCCCAUCCCGUACCAAGAAGCGCCCGGCGAGCCCGGGUACAGGCGGCGGCCCCGCCAAGAAGAAGAAAGCGACGGCGGCACCGGGCGGCUCGCAGAGUGCAGGUGGAGAGGCCAUGAAUGAGAAAUUUCUGAACACAGACUCCAGCACAGGAUCAGUGGAAACAACCAUCAAGCCGUUACCAUUUAAAGAUCCAAACUUCAUUCACUCCGGCAUUGGUGGAGCAGCAGCUGGCAAGAAGAACAGAACUUGGAAGAACCUAAAACAAAUUCUUGCUUCUGAAAGGGCAUUGCCAUGGCAACUAAAUGAUCCUAGCUAUUUUAAUAUUGAUGCUCCUCCUUCCUUUAAACCUGCCAAGAAAUACUCGGACAUUUCAGGACUUCCGGCAAAUUACACAGAUCCGCAGAGCAAGCUAAGAUUUAGUACUAUUGAAGAAUUUGCCUACAUUCGGAUGCUCCCUUCAGAUGUGGUUACGGGAUACCUGGCUCUAAGGAAAGCAACAGUAUUGUUUUCCUGAAAAGACCAAAUAUUGUUUGUAUAUUGCUUAUGAACAGUGCUAAUUUUGAGAAUCAUGGUGGAAACUGACUGUGGACUGGAGGUUCCUUAAAAAACUAUCCAUGGAUUUUUACAUCUGGAAGUAGUUGAUACAUGGAUUUGAAAGAACAUAUGGAUUUAAUUUUGAUAAAUGCUGAUAUUUGUUAGUUUGCCAAUUUGUAAGCAAUUUGGUUUGGUGAACAGAAUAACUUAGACCUUUAAGGGUAUGUAUCUGCAACAUAAUGUCUGAGUUAUAUUAAUUUCUGUAGAGACGGGAUUUCAUCUCCACCCUGUAAUUUUUAUGUACUGCUCUGGCUCAGAAGAAACAGUCGUUUGAGUUAAGGAAAAGGUACCAAGAUAUCCCAGCUUCUAAACCUGCCUUGCCAAAUGCGCUUGCCACUCUGGCUGUGAAAAAGGUUGUCCCAUUUGUAAAAUAAGUAUUUAGUAAGUGA